AUGCUGUCCAGAACGCUGUACAAUUGCGGCAGUCAAAGAAUACACAGUUCGCGUUAUCCUGUGUUGAAGGCAUGGAGGUCUAACCGAUCAAUUGUUGCGAGCCCUAGGGUUCGGAUAUUUACCCAGUCGGCUUUCUUAAAACGCCAGGAUGAGAGGAAGGCGCCAGAACAGACGGCCAAGGGUGCCGACGAGGCCGCAAGUAGGCUGGGGACCGUCGAGGCCACGAAGCCAGAGACGCUUCAGAAACCAGGGCCGGUCAAGCCAGAGCCAGUCGACCUCAAGAAGAGUGGCCUCCUCUCCGAAAAGGUCGUCUCCAACAAGGAGCAGCGAAAGAUUGAUCUCUCCAUCAUGAGGGAGAUGGUGCAGUAUCUCUGGCCGAAAGGCGACUGGGGAAGCAAGCUCCGUGUCAGCACUGCCCUGGGUUUACUUGUUUCGGCCAAGAUCCUGAACGUCAAUGUGCCGUUCUACUUCAAAAGCAUUGUCGACUCAAUGAACAUUGAUUUCCUGGCAGUGGGCGGCACCGCUUGGACAGUGGCCGGGUCCAUGGUUGUGGCAUACGGCGUGACCAGGAUUGGCGCAACUCUGUUUCAGGAGCUGCGCAAUGCCGUCUUCGCGAGCGUGGCACAAAAGGCUAUCCGCAACGUGGCUCGGAAUGUGUUCCAACAUCUAUUGCAACUGGAUUUGAAAUUCCAUCUGUCGCGUCAAACAGGUGGACUGACCAGGGCGCUUGAUCGAGGCACAAAGGGCAUCAGCUUUUUAUUGACGUCAAUGCUGUUCCAUAUCUUCCCCACGGUGCUGGAGAUAUCAAUGGUUUGUGGCAUCCUGACGUAUAAAUAUGGUGCAUCGUUCGCUGCCAUCACUGCUGCAACUAUGGUGGCGUAUUCGGCGUUCACAAUCGCCACGACUUCGUGGAGAACGAAAUUCCGAAAACAAGCGAAUGCAGCAGACAACCAAGGCGCAACCGUGGCGGUCGACACAUUGAUCAACUACGAGGCUGUCAAGUAUUUCAACAACGAGAAAUUCGAGGUCAACCGAUACGACCAAGCAUUGAAGAAAUACGAGGAUGCGUCUAUCAAAGUCACGACGUCGUUGGCGUUCCUCAACAGCGGCCAGAACUUUAUAUUUUCCACCGCGCUGGCAGGGAUGAUGUAUAUGGCUGCAACGGGGGUGGCCGCCGGCGAACUGACGGUCGGAGACUUGGUCAUGGUCAACCAACUUGUUUUCCAACUGUCUGUGCCCUUGAACUUCUUGGGUUCCGUCUAUCGAGAACUUCGGCAAUCGCUGCUGGACAUGGAGACUUUGUUCAGUCUGCAAAAGGUCAAUGUGACGGUCAAGGAAGUGGCCCAUCCGCGACCUUUGGCUCUGACCAAGGGGGGAGAAAUUAGGUUUGAGAACGUCUCGUUCGGAUAUCAUCCUGACAGGCCUAUUUUGAACAAUCUGAGCAUGACGAUUCCUGCCGGGAAAAAGGUUGCGAUUGUGGGACCCAGCGGAUGCGGGAAAUCGACCAUUCUUCGGCUAUUGUUCCGAUUCUACGAUGCGCCGACUGGUCAGAUUCUGAUUGACGGGCAAAACAUCAAAGAGCUCAGCCUGGACAGUCUCCGUCGGAGCAUUGGAGUGGUUCCCCAGGAUACGCCAUUGUUCAACAACACGAUUGAGCACAACAUUCGAUAUGGCAGGGUUGACGCGUCUUUUGAAGAAGUCCGAGAAGCCGCACGAAGAGCCAGGAUCCUGGAUCUGGUGGAACGGCUACCGGCUGGUUGGAAUACCAUGGUGGGUGAACGAGGCAUGAUGAUAUCUGGAGGAGAGAAGCAACGACUUGCAAUUGCCCGACUUCUCCUAAAGGACCCUCCUUUGUUAUUCUUCGAUGAAGCGACAUCGGCGCUCGACACAUACACGGAGCAGACGCUGUUGCAAAACAUCAACAGCAUCCUGAAAGAAAAGCAACGGACGAGUGUGUUUGUGGCUCAUCGGCUGCGUACGAUUUAUGACUGCGACAUCAUCUUUGUGCUCCGAGACGGCCAGGUGGUUGAACAAGGAACUCAUGCGGAGCUGCUGGCUCAGGGAGGCCUUUACGCCGAUCUCUGGGCUGCGCAAGAGGUCUCGAUCGGACAAGACAUGACGCUCGAGCGGGCUUUGGAGGAAGAAAAGGAAAGUGAAGAGAAGAAUCCGAAGGAUAAAUGA